AUGGGGAGUAAUGGAUACGCUCAGCAGCAAGCUAUCAGCCCACAACAAGAGCUAGAGCUUGUGAGAUAUAUCAAAACGCUCACAGAGAGAGGCCUUCCUCCUACAAGAGAGAUGAUCAGGAAUUUCUCAUCAGAAGUAGCCCAUCAGCAGCUCAGCGAGAGCUGGGUUACUCGCUUCAUCAACCGACACGAGAUCCAUCUCAUCUCAAAGUGGACCAGCGCCAUGGACCGUACGCGCCACCUGGCUGAUUCUGAGUCAAAGUAUAGACUCUACUUCGAGCUGCUGCAUCGAAAGAUCACCGAAUACCACCUUGAGGCUCGAGAUAUAUACAAUAUGGAUGAGAAGGGCUUCUUGAUUGGCUUAAUAGGCAGAAGCAAGAGAAUAUUCAGCAGGCGUCAAUAG